AUGAGCGAGGAGAGCCGCGGGGACGGCCGCGCCGAGAGCGCCAAGGACCUGGAGAAACAGCUUCGCCUGCGCGUGUGCGUGCUCAGCGAGCUGCAGAAGACCGAGCGCGACUAUGUGGGCACGCUGGAGUUCCUGGUGUCGGCAUUCUUGCACCGAAUGAACCAGUGUGCAGCAUCGAAAGUUGACAAAAAUGUCACAGAGGAAACAGUGAAGAUGUUGUUCUCAAACAUUGAAGAAAUCCUCGCGGUGCACAGAGAAUUCUUAAAAGUUGUGGAAGAAUGCUUACAUCCUGAACCUAAUGCUCAACAAGAAGUGGGAACCUGCUUUCUUCACUUUAAAGACAAAUUUCGUAUCUAUGAUGAAUACUGUAGUAACCAUGAAAAAGCACAAAAGUUGCUUCUUGAACUUAACAAAAUAAGAACAAUCCGGACGUUUCUUUUGAACUGCAUGCUGCUUGGAGGACGAAAGAACACAGAUGUCCCCCUGGAAGGAUAUUUAGUGACACCCAUCCAAAGGAUAUGCAAGUACCCUCUGCUUUUGAAGGAGUUGCUGAAACGGACCCCACGGAAACACAGUGACUACACAGCAGUGAUGGAGGCCCUCCACGCCAUGAAAGCUGUCUGUUCCAAUAUAAAUGAGGCCAAGAGACAGAUGGAGAAAUUGGAGGCUUUAGAAGAAUGGCAGUCUCACAUUGAAGGCUGGGAGGGGUCCAACAUUACUGACACCUGCACCGAAAUGCUAAUGUGUGGAGUCUUACUGAAAAUUUCUUCUGGAAAUAUUCAAGAACGGGUGUUUUUUCUUUUUGAUAACCUUUUGGUGUACUGCAAAAGAAAGCACAGACGGUUGAAGAACAACAAGGCUUCCACAGAUGGACACCGCUACCUUUUUCGUGGCCGGAUCAAUACAGAGGUGAUGGAGGUGGAAAAUGUGGAUGAUGGUACAGCUGAUUUCCAUAGCAGUGGACACAUUGUUGUUAAUGGGUGGAAGAUACAUAACACGGCAAAAAAUAAAUGGUUUGUGUGCAUGGCAAAAACACCUGAAGAGAAGCAUGAAUGGUUUGAAGCUAUUUUAAAAGAAAGAGAGCGGCGAAAAGGUUUAAAAUUAGGAAUGGAACAAGACACCUGGGUAAUGAUCUCUGAACAGGGUGAGAAACUUUAUAAAAUGAUGUGCAAACAAGGAAACCUCAUCAAAGACAGAAAAAGAAAACUGACCACGUUUCCUAAAUGCUUUCUUGGAAGUGAAUUUGUAUCAUGGCUAUUGGAAAUUGGAGAGAUUCACAGACCUGAGGAAGGCGUUCACUUGGGACAAGCAUUAUUAGAAAAUGGAAUCAUCCACCAUGUUACAGAUAAACAUCAAUUCAAACCAGAGCAGAUGUUAUAUAGAUUUCGCUAUGAUGAUGGAACAUUUUAUCCAAGAAAUGAGAUGCAGGAUGUGAUUUCGAAGGGUGUAAGAUUAUACUGUCGUCUUCACAGUCUGUUUACUCCAGUGAUAAGAGAUAAAGAUUAUCAUUUAAGGACCUACAAAUCUGUGGUCAUGGCCAACAAACUGAUAGACUGGUUAAUUGCACAGGGGGAUUGUCGCACCAGAGAAGAGGCGAUGAUAUUUGGCACUGGACUCUGUGACAAUGGAUUUAUGCACCAUGUCCUCGAAAAAAGUGAAUUCAAAGAUGAGCCCCUACUUUUCCGCUUUUUUGCGGAUGAAGAAAUGGAAGGAUCAAAUAUGAAACACCGACUUAUGAAGCAUGACUUAAAGGUUGUGGAAAAUGUCAUAGCUAAGUCAUUAUUGAUCAAAUCUAAUGAAGGCAGCUAUGGCUUUGGGUUAGAAGACAAAAAUAAAGUUCCAAUAAUAAAGUUAGUAGAAAGGGGAUCUAAUGCUGAGAUGGCUGGCAUGGAAGUUGGGAAAAAGAUCUUUGCCAUUAAUGGUGACCUAGUUUUUAUGAGACCUUUCAAUGAAGUGGAUAGCUUCCUGAAAUCAUGCUUAAAUAGCAGAAAACCUCUAAGAGUUCUUGUGAGCACAAAACCAAGGGAGACAGUGAAAAUCCCAGAUUCAGCUGACGGGCUUGGAUUCCAGAUCCGAGGAUUUGGCCCAUCGGUUGUACAUGCAGUAGGAAGAGGAACUGUGGCCGCAGCUGCUGGCCUUCACCCUGGACAGUGUAUCAUCAAAGUAAAUGGAAUCAACGUCAGCAAAGAGACACACGCCAGUGUCAUUGCCCACGUGACAGCCUGCAGGAAGCACAGGCGGCCAACCAAGCAAGACUCCAUACAAUGGGUUUAUAACAGCAUUGAGAGUGCACAAGAGGACCUUCAAAAGUCUAGCUCCAAACCCCCUGGAGAUGAAGCAGGGGAUGCCUUUGACUGCAAAGUAGAAGAGGUCAUUGACAAGUUCAACACCAUGGCCAUCAUUGAUGGAAAGAAGGAGCACGUGAGUCUGACAGUGGACAACGUCCACCUGGAAUACGGGGUUGUGUAUGAGUAUGACAGCACAGCUGGGAUAAAGUGCAACGUGGUGGAGAAGAUGAUCGAGCCCAAAGGGUUCUUCAGCUUAACUGCUAAGAUUCUUGAAGCCCUGGCAAAGAGUGAUGAUCAUUUUGUACAAAACUGCAGCAGCCUUAAUUCUCUCAAUGAAGUGAUUCCCACUGACCUUCAGAGCAAAUUCAAUGCCAUUUGCAGUGAAAGAAUUGAGCAUAUAUGUCAGAGAAUAUCCAGCUAUAAAAAGUUUUCUCGUGUACUGAAGAAUAGAGCAUGGCCCACCUUCAAACAGGCCAAAUCUAAAAUCUCUCCACUGCACAGCAGUGAUUUCUGCCCUACCAACUGUCACGUCAAUGUGAUGGAAGUUUCUUAUCCCAAAACAUCGACCUCGCUCGGGAGUGCGUUUGGUGUCCAGUUGGAUAGUAGGAAGCAUAACUCUCAUGAUAAAGAAAAUAAAUCUACUGAACAAGGAAAGCUGAGCCCCAUGGUGUACAUUCAACACACCAUCACCACUAUGGCGGCCCCUUCGGGUCUGUCUCUGGGACAGCAAGAUGGCCAUGGUCUCCGCUAUUUGUUAAAAGAAGAAGACUUAGAAACCCAGGAUAUCUACCAGAAACUGCUGAGCAAACUCCAGACAGCACUGAAAGAAGUGGAGAUGUGUGUUUGUCAAAUAGAUGACCUUCUGUCUUCGAUAACAUAUUCUCCUAAAUUGGAGCGUAAGACUUCAGAGUGUGUAAUACCAAUGGACAGUGACAAUGAGAAGGGAGAACGAAAUAGCAAACGAGUUUGUUUCAACGUAGCAGGAGAUGAGCAAGAAGAUUCCGGUCAUGACACAAUCAGCAACAGAGACUCCUACAGCGACUGCAACAGCAACAGGAACUCCAUCGCCUCCUUUACCAGCAUUUGUAGCAGCCAGUGCAGUUCAUAUUUUCACAGCGAUGAGAUGGACUCAGGUGAUGAACUUCCCCUCAGUGUUCGCAUUUCUCAUGAUAAACAGGACAAGAUACACAGUUGUCUUGAGCAUCUUUUUAGCCAGGUGGAUUCGAUCACUAAUCUUCUAAAAGGGCAAGCUGUUGUGAGGGCUUUUGAACAAACCAAGUAUCUCACACCAGGACGAGGAUUGCAAGAAUUUCAACAGGAAAUGGAACCAAAGCUGAGUUGUCCAAAAAGGUUACGGCUUCACAUCAAGCAAGAUCCUUGGAAUCUUCCCAGCAGCGUCCAGUCGCUGGCUCAGAACAUCAGAAAAUUUGUUGAAGAGGUAAAGUGUAGGAUACUACUGGCUCUUCUUGAAUAUUCAGACAGUGAGACACAGCUCCGGAGGGACAUGGUUUUCUGCCAGAGUCUGGUGGCCACCGUCUGCGCCUUCUCUGAGCAGCUCAUGGCAGCCUUAAACCAGAUGUUUGACAACAGCAAGGAAAAUGAGAUGGAAACCUGGGAAGCCAGCAGAAGAUGGCUGAACCAGAUAGCAAACGCAGGUGUCCUCUUUCACUUCCAGUCGCUGCUGUCACCAAACCUGACAGACGAACAAGCCAUGCUGGAAGAUACACUAGUUGCACUAUUUGAUUUGGAAAAGGUUUCUUUCUACUUUAAACCAUCAGAAGAGGAACCACUGGUUGCAAAUGUUCCUCUCACCUAUCAAGCAGAAGGAAGCCGGCAAGCUCUGAAAGUUUACUUCUACAUUGAUAGCUAUCAUUUUGAGCAACUGCCUCAACGGUUGAAAAAUGGAGGAGGGUUUAAAAUUCAUCCUGUUCUUUUUGCACAAGCAUUGGAGAGCAUGGAAGGAUAUUAUUAUAGGGACAAUGUUUCAGUGGAAGAAUUCCAAGCUCAGAUAAAUGCAGCCUCAUUGGAGAAAGUCAAACAAUACAACCAGAAACUCAGGGCGUUCUACUUGGACAAGUCAAAUUCACCAUCCAACUCUACAUCCAAAGCUGCCUAUGUAGAUAAGCUAAUGAGGCCUCUCAAUGCUCUGGAUGAACUUUAUCGACUGGUUGCCUCAUUCAUCAGAUCCAAACGCACAGCUGCCUGUGCGAACACAGCUUGCAGUGCCUCUGGAGUUGGACUGCUCUCAGUGGCUUCGGAGCUGUGCGACAGGCUCGGAGCCUGCCACGUCAUCAUGUGCAGCAGUGGUGUGCAUCGGUGCACCCUAAGUGUGACACUGGAGCAGGCUAUCAUCCUGGCCAGAAGCCAUGGACUGCCUCCUCGCUACAUCAUGCAGGCUACGGAUGUGAUGCGAAAGCAGGGAGCAAGAGUUCAAAACACAGCAAAAAAUUUGGGAGUCAGAGAUCGGACCCCACAGUCAGCUCCUCGGUUGUACAGGUUGUGUGAGCCUCCUCCCCCAGCUGGAGAAGAAUGAAGCAAAAUCUCCAGGAACCAGGCGUGAUGAAGCUUCUGAACACUGACCUAGCCAAAGUGCACACUGGCUGAACGUUCUCCACUACAGAUAAAGAAAUGCAUUUUGCCUCUGAAUCUUUCAUCAUGGUGUGAAUGACUAAUGCUCGGUUUAUACUUGGAUAUUUAUGCUGGAAAUGCAUAGGCAUUCAUUAAUUUAAUUUACCUUCACAAACUGAUUUAUGUAUUGAUGUUUAAUAUUCAUCUUUGAGCAUAAUGGUCAUCCCUGGAAUUUAUAAAAAAUCAUCAUGGAUAAAAAUUAACCAUGUGCUUCCUCUUCUGUUCAUUAAAAUUAUUUUGUUUUAUUUGUUUUCAUCUUCCCCAAAUGGAUAUACAUGAUAAUGGAUAUUUUCACUUGAAGACAUCUGUCACUGAGGAAACAUGACCAGUCAUCAUGCAGAAAUGUUAAGGAUGGUGCAGUCUGGGUGGCGUAGAUGUUCGAUCCCCACUUGCCUAUGAGAAAGUCGUUUAUGUGUGAAAGAUGGAAAAACAUUCGUUACUUCUUCUAGUAAGGGCUUCUGAAUAUGCAUAGAGUUCAGAUUUUCUUUUUUAACACCACAGUAAGCUUAUAUUUUAAUUCCACUUCCCAUGAGCCUUUGAAGUACUUCAUAUUUCUCAGUAAAGAGAACUGAUGGAGGCUCCCAGAAAGAAUUUCUACCACUACUUUCAGGUACCCUUUGCUCAUGGAGAAUUCCAGCGAGCUGGUGCUGCCCUUGACCUCUACACUGGGCUUGACUUUGGGCCAUGUAUAUUUGGGUGCUGUGCUGUCAGGGUCUACAGGAUAAAGGAAGAGGAGACCAAGUAGGUGAGGGGAGAAGGGUGGCUGGUGAGAAAAAGAGAAAAGUAAAUCAACUUAAAAACUCAAACUUUAACUUAGAAAGAUAUCUAAAACACAGUUUGGCAGAGGCUUUCAUAUAAGAUGUCAUACUCUUAAAAGAAUCCACCUUCAUGAAUAUUUUUCUAAUAAGGUAUGGGUAAAAGAGAAAUAAAGCUUUAUUUGUUGUACUUUAAAAGGACUAUUAAGGACUUUAAUAGUUUAUGGAAGUACAUGUAAUGUGUAGCAUUUAUUCAUAUAUAUAAUAGUGAUUUUAGCAUGGUAUUUGAAUACAUUAUCCUAUUUAAAAUCUGUAAUUUUCCAAACAAAACAACUAUUGCAAUCAUGAUCAUUACAGUCGUGUGCCACUUAACAAUAGAGAUGUAUUUUGAGAAAUGCAGUUUAGGCAACUUCAUCAUUGUGCAGAUGUUGUAGAAUGUACUUACACGAACAAGAUGGCUGUGACAUCACUAGGUGAUGUCAUCCUACAGGGCCACCAUUGUUUAUGUUUUCUGUCAUCCUCUGAAACAUUAUUAUGCAACACACGACUGUAUAUGGAUUUGGACUAAGUUAUUAUGUGAAAUGCUUUUCAUAACUACAGUACAGACAAGCCAUUAUUAAAUUUUAAUUAAUGAAAUUUGAUAAUAAUUUUCAAGCUGUCAUCAGAAACCUCACUACUAGUUGUGUUUUGAAUAACAAAAAUACUGUGUUACGUAUGUAUGAGACAUAUAUAAUACCUGCUAAGGAUACUAGUUGUUAUUUGGCACUUGAGACAUUAUGGUGAGUCCAUAUGUUUAAUAAAAAUAUGGAAGCCAUCAUCAAAAUUUUAAAAAAAAAUUGAAUGUUUUUGAAUGUGAUAAAGAUAAUCCCUUUACAUAAAUACCAAUAUUAAAUAUAACUUAACUUUCAGGGACUUAACAUUCUUGAUGUAAUUGGCAAGGGAUCCUGAAGGCCUGAGUAAUUUGUGAUUUUUCCGUACUGAAAACUUGGCUUUGUCAUUGUAGGCCACAGAAGUGAAUACAGCUGAUUAAAGAGCAAGUAUUUCCAUAUUUUCAUUACUAUUUCCUAAUCACUAUCCAGGAAGCAGUAAUACUCAGUAGAGCCAGGAAGGGGUCACUUAAACAAUUCAGUUGUACUGGCUAUAUUUCACAGGACAAAUUACCUACAAUUGUAGUAUCUUUAACAUAUUUCUGUAUUCUCUGUAAAAUGGAAUUGCUUAAUAUUGUUAUGGGGAUUAAAUGUAGAUGUGUUCCUUCUAUCCAGGUUCUUGUUUCUUGCUCCAUGCUCAAAGAUUAGUAAUGGUUGAUAACAUCAUCAGCCAGUGUAAUUUUGAUUAUAAUAAAAGUUGUAGCUAACACUAAGUGACCAUUAUGUGUCAAGUAAACCUCCAGUUAUCUUACCCAAUUUUUCUUAUUACCAUUUCACUUCAUCCUGACAACAACAAUGUGAAAUAAUACUCUUCAUCACUCCAUUUUAUGGUUGAGGGACUGAAACAAAAGAUAACCUAGUGACUUGCCUAAGGUCACAUGGUUGGUAAGUGGUGGAACCAGAAUUUAAACCCAGGAAGUCUGUCUUCUUAAUUCAUCAUACUACUCUUCCUUAUUAAUAUAAAAACUAUUGUAGUAUUUCAAAUUAUGCCUCUUAUAUUUACAUAUAGAUGAAUGGAAAUAUUUAAAAUGCCUUUAGUAUCUGAAAAUAUUUCUGGAUAUUUACCAUCCUGGAUAAACAUUUAGAGGUAACCCAACACUGUAGCAAUCUGAAAAUUACCUCAUAUUGUAUUCCCUAUAAUUGAAGGUAACAGUCUUAGCUGUGUUUUGAAAGUCUAGACUAGUGUAUUUUAUAAGACUUGACUGUAAUUCCAAAACAGUGGUAACAGUAAAAAAAAUUCUAAUGGAUGAAUGGAUAGUGAUAAUUUUUUCAAUACCAUAAUGGGCUUCCAUUGACCCUGGACAUGUAACUGGCCUUGAGUUUAUAGAAGUGUUUAUAUAAACGCCAUGUGCUCCACUGCAACCAGUGUACCUUCAAACGUUGCUAGAGUAGGCUAGCUAUGCUUCCAGGUUUUGAGUUUGGACUACUGCCACUCUCCAGCCAAAAGAGAAGGUCCUGCGUAGAAACUUUAGGUUUUUUUUUUUUUUGACAGGCAGAGUGACAGUGAGAGAGAGAGACAGAGAGAAAGGUCUUCCUUUUUGCCCUUGGUUCACCCUCCAAUGGCCGCCGU